GCUGUCAGUUGUACGCGGAGUUAUCUUCAGGAAAUUGAUGUUCUGCGACUCUAUUUUACAUACAUUGCUAUUUCAUUUUCUGUAUAUUUCUGUUCUCAUAUUGAUGUUCUAAUCGAUAGAGGUUUCCUCUCCGCCAUCUCCCCGUAAUUGCUAAUCUCACAUAUAAAACAAAUCCCCGGUUUCCUGAACGUUAAAACUUUGUGAUCUCGUCAGCGCUGGCUCUGGUGGAAUACAGUAGCUCAGAAGAUGAGGAACCGCAGGACAGGGUCGCACCUCGUCUGCCGGUCCCAGAAAGUGUGCUCAAUAUGUUCCAGGAUGUGAUAGAAAAUGAAGUAUGUGAUGAUGUCACAAAGCAUGGUGGCCGGAUACGCAACUUCAAACAUGAGCGAGGCAACUGGGCUACCUAUGUCUAUAUACCUUUUCAGCCCCGUGAGGAGUUCUGGGACCUGCUGGAUGAGCUGCUCUCCAUGGCUGCGGACCAUGGUGUCAUCUUGAAUAAAAUGAGUGAGUUUCACAUUAGCCAAUCACAGACAGUUGUGUUGCGACAUCACUGGAUUGAUCCGUUUGUCCAGUCAUUGAGGGACAGGCUGCACACCAUGUAUCGUUUUGUCUGCAUUGCUGACCAGAUAAAGGUUUACACGAACCAGGAGAAAACCAGGACUUUCUUGGGCUUAGAAGUCACUGUGGGGAUGGAUAAUCUCUUGGAAGUAGUGUCAGAAGUGGAUAAAUCAUUGCAGGAGUUUAAGCUGCAGACUUUUUACCAGAACCCAUCGUUCCAUGUGAGCCUGGCGUGGUGUGUGGGGGACGUGUCUGCAAAGUUAAAUCCUAACUGUGUUACUUUGCUACAGAGAGCACUAGACAGAUUUGAAGACUCUGGCACCCUGACACGCAUCUAUACAGAGGAGAUUCGCUGCAAGUCUGGGAACAAGACUUUCUGUAUCCCGCUACAAUGAAGCAGGCACACAAGUUUCUUGUUUCUCUUGGCCAAGUCACAAAGCAAAGCCACUGUGCUAAAGGUGCUGCAUAUUCUGCAAAAGGAGAAAUAUGUUCUAAACCUUGUACCAAUUUACCGUUCAUCAGAAUUUUGUAAUAACUUAUUUUGUAUGGAAAUAGCAAACCUCUUGUAUAUGUAUUGUCAUAUGUUGUCAGAUUAAUUUACACAGUGUGGGUAUCUUUAGAAAUAACAAAAUGCAUAUGUACAGACAUUCUAUUAAUAUUUUAUACUUCCUGUGGAAUAUCAAAAAUGUUAAAAAAUAAAAAUGUUCAACACAUAUAUAAAUUAAGAA